AUGGCAGCAGGUGGUGCUCGACGGCGUCGCAUGGCUCCAGCAUUCUCGGCAGUGAUGUUCCAGCGUUCCAGCAUUCACGGCGGCGCACGGCUCCAGCACUCACGGCGGCGCAGGUCUCGGCUCCAGCAGGCUCUCCGGCGGUGCAGGGUCUCGGCUCCGGCGGUGCAGGUUCUCGGCUCUGGCGGUGCUGGUUGCUCACGGUUCCAGCCGUGGGUUGAGGGUCAACUGAUGCAAAUGACUAUGAUGGUUACACCCAACAUCAACAAAGAGCUGCAUUACCUUAACAAGGAAGAUCGGUUGCUGCGCUGGCUUGUGGUCAAACACCGAGAUGCAAAAUAUGGGCUGGAAUUUCUUAGUGAAGAGGACAGCAGAAAUGAACUCAGUAAGUUUCAUCGAAGCAGUUUAUAUGAUAAUCAAGAUGUUGAUGAAGACGAUGACAACGACGAUGAAUAUGCUGUGGAUGAAGAAGAAGGAAAGCAGACAUAAGGUUAGUAGAAUUUUGUUGUGGUUCCUAUGUCUGUUUUCAUGCAUUGGCAUUUUGUUGGAAACCGGGAUGUAAUUUUUUCAUAUUUUGGUUACAAGUAAGUGUUAUUGACAAUUAUCCCCAUAUUAUUUGGCAUGUGUUAGAAUGUAGAUCCUUAUAAAGUAUUUCAUGUUUUUAUGUUA